GGGACCCGCGGCGCACGCAGUCGGGAUAUUCGGCUGCAGCCGCGAAGCCGGGGGCCAGGAGCCGGAGCAGGAGCGGCGGCCGGGAUCGCAGCCCGCCGGGCCCGCCGCAGCCAUGGGCAACCGCGGCAUGGAAGACCUCAUCCCUCUGGUCAACCGGCUACAGGACGCCUUCUCCGCCAUCGGCCAGAACGCGGACCUCGACCUGCCGCAGAUCGCCGUGGUGGGCGGCCAGAGCGCCGGCAAGAGCUCAGUGCUGGAAAAUUUCGUGGGCAGGGACUUCUUGCCCCGAGGAUCUGGCAUCGUCACCCGACGUCCCCUGGUUCUGCAGCUGGUUAAUUCUACCACAGAAUAUGCCGAGUUCCUGCACUGCAAGGGGAAGAAAUUCACCGACUUCGAGGAGGUGCGCCUGGAGAUUGAGGCUGAGACUGACCGGGUCACCGGCACCAAUAAGGGCAUUUCUCCAGUGCCCAUCAACCUGCGGGUCUACUCGCCCCACGUGCUGAACCUGACCCUAGUGGACCUGCCUGGUAUGACCAAGGUCCCGGUGGGGGACCAACCUCCCGACAUCGAGUUCCAGAUCCGGGACAUGCUUAUGCAGUUCGUCACUAAGGAGAACUGCCUUAUCCUGGCUGUGUCCCCUGCCAACUCGGACCUGGCCAACUCUGAUGCCCUCAAGAUCGCCAAGGAGGUGGACCCGCAGGGUCAGCGCACCAUUGGGGUCAUCACCAAGCUGGACCUGAUGGAUGAGGGCACAGACGCCCGGGAUGUGCUGGAGAAUAAGCUGCUCCCUCUGCGCAGAGGCUACAUUGGCGUGGUGAACCGCAGUCAGAAGGACAUAGACGGCAAGAAGGACAUCACGGCCGCCUUGGCUGCCGAGCGCAAGUUCUUCCUCUCUCACCCGUCCUACCGCCACUUGGCUGACCGCAUGGGCACGCCCUACCUGCAGAAGGUCCUCAAUCAGCAACUGACCAACCACAUCCGGGACACACUGCCAGGGCUUCGGAACAAACUGCAGAGCCAGCUGCUGUCCAUUGAGAAGGAGGUGGAUGAGUACAAGAACUUCCGACCGGAUGACCCAGCACGCAAGACCAAGGCCCUGCUGCAGAUGGUCCAGCAGUUUGCAGUGGACUUCGAGAAGCGCAUUGAAGGUUCCGGAGACCAGAUCGACACGUACGAGUUGUCAGGUGGAGCCCGCAUUAACCGGAUCUUCCAUGAACGCUUCCCUUUUGAGCUGGUUAAGAUGGAGUUUGAUGAGAAGGAACUCCGAAGAGAGAUCAGCUAUGCCAUCAAGAACAUUCAUGGCAUCAGGACGGGCCUCUUCACACCUGAUCUCGCUUUUGAAGCCACAGUGAAAAAGCAGGUGCAGAAGCUUAAAGAGCCCAGUAUCAAGUGUGUGGACAUGGUAGUCAGUGAACUCACGUCCACCAUCAGAAAGUGUAGCGAAAAGCUCCAGCAAUACCCACGUCUUCGGGAGGAGAUGGAACGUAUUGUGACCACUCACAUCCGGGAACGAGAGGGCCGCACCAAGGAGCAGGUCAUGCUUCUCAUCGACAUUGAGCUGGCUUAUAUGAAUACCAACCACGAGGAUUUCAUAGGCUUUGCCAAUGCUCAGCAGAGGAGCAACCAGAUGAACAAGAAAAAGACUUCAGGGAACCAGGAUGAGAUUCUGGUCAUUCGGAAGGGCUGGCUGACCAUCAACAACAUCGGCAUCAUGAAGGGCGGCUCUAAGGAGUACUGGUUUGUGCUGACUGCUGAGAACCUGUCCUGGUACAAGGAUGACGAGGAGAAAGAGAAGAAGUACAUGCUGUCUGUGGACAAUCUGAAGCUUCGUGAUGUGGAGAAGGGCUUCAUGUCAAGCAAGCAUGUCUUUGCCCUCUUCAACACAGAGCAGAGGAAUGUCUACAAGGAUUACCGGCAGCUGGAACUGGCCUGUGAGACACAGGAGGAGGUGGACAGCUGGAAGGCUUCCUUCCUGAGGGCUGGCGUGUACCCUGAGCGUGUUGGGGACAAGGAGAAGGCCAGCGAGACCGAGGAGAACGGCUCAGAUAGCUUCAUGCACUCCAUGGACCCUCAGCUGGAGCGGCAGGUGGAGACCAUUCGGAACCUGGUAGACUCGUACAUGGCCAUUGUCAACAAGACCGUGCGGGAUCUCAUGCCCAAGACUAUCAUGCACCUCAUGAUCAACAAUGUAUGUCCAUAGUUGGGGGCGAUGCAGGGUGGUUCUGUAGGCAAGCAGUCAGCUGGCUUAUUUGCUUAUUGUAUUAUUUAUAUACGCACAGGGCAGAGGAACACAUGCCAUU